GUCUGAACCACUUCUCUAAGUGGAGGUAUCAGAUCUCUCACUCGCCCUCUAUUUUAUUUAUUUAUUUAUUUUUAACAGAUCCACCAUAAAAAUCUUACUCAAACCAAACUCGAGGCCGAUUCUCCGGUCCAAGCAAACGGCCAAAGCUUAUGAACGCCAAUGGGGCACUCCGAUGCGACGCCCGUUUUUGUCGAUACAAACCUGGGCACGCAUUUGGCUCUCCCUGUCCCCUUGGACAUCACAGCGGCUGAUCUCAAACGUCAACUUGAGAGGGAACACUUUUCUUGUUUUCCAUAUAUUGGAGAAAUUAAGGCCCAAGCUUUGAUGGUAAAGAGGAAAACCCACUUUUAUCAUCUUCCAGAUUCGAUGCCUAUCAAGAAAUGUUAUCAGGGGUUGGCAGGAACUUGGUUCCUUCACAUGAAUGCUUCACGGUCUGUAGACAUGCUGAGGCAAGAAGCUAGUGUACCUUCAGGAUUAAAUCAUUCCACAAGACAAGACUUCUCUAAUCGGAGGGAAACUGUCAGGCCAAACUAUAAAGUUUCACCGGCUUUGGAAAAUUUAACAGCAUCAAAUAAUUCAGAUUGGUGGGAAUGCAGAAACAGAGUAGUUAUGGCUAUUCAAGGCAUCACAAGUCCAGAUACCAAAGAUUUCAUGCCUACUGUCAGCAAUAUCACAGAUUUUUCAAAAUCAGAGAAGGUUGCUGGUUUCAAAGAUACAAAUAUGGAGAGCCAAGCUAGCAAAAAUGGAAGACAUCAUUCCAUAUUCAGUGAAGGCCAACUUGAUGUGCUUUCCUUACCUAUUUGUGGCAAAGAAAGAAGGAAAAAGAGGAAGACAUGGGAACAGGGAAAUUCAUCAAAUGUUGGUAGUGGAUAUGUAAAGGACAUCGCAGAGGGAAAACUUGCCAGAACUCGAAGAAUGCACGCACGUGAAUUAAUCUCUGGUUUAAAUCCUGACAAAGGGAAGGAAACAAAAGAUAAUAACAUUACUGAUGAAUCCCAAGGCACGGAUCAAGAGGAUGAGAACUUGUCCUCAGAGCCUCCACUACUGAGUAGACCCCAUAUCAGUUCUUCAACAGUGAGACAAACUCCCAGCAUUAGUUUGUCUGCAAACAUCUCUCUAACUGGUCUUAUUUCAAGGUACUUCUCUGACAAUGAUGAGGUGGAUUCAUGCAGGAGUCCAUCUAAAAAUAUGCUAAACACUAAAAAAUUGACUCAGCAAUUCAAUGAUGCGCCGAAGGCUGAAAAAAUUCAACAAAAUGAGAUCACUGGCUAUGCAAAUAGCACUGCAGAAUUUUCAGUCAACCAGAAAAGUUCAAAGAGAAGUGCAUUGGAUUCUGAUACAAUUUGUUCCUUCAAUGGUAGUUCUGAUGGUGCGAAGUGGUUGGAAGAUUAUCCUGCGAACAUCAGUAACAGCGAACUUGAUAAAAAUGAAAUAGGUACUUUUCCUGGUGAGAGACGAACAAAGAGUAUAUCUGGGCGGAAGAUGAAAGAUAAUAGUGUGGCGUGUGCUGAUGAGUAUAGCUCCUGCCAAGCUGACCAUAAGAAGACAUUUCGAAACAAAUUUAGCAGAAGCAAACAACCAGUCAAUGAGAAAAAGGUCUGUGUUACACCUCAUUGUUCAUCGAUGAAUUCUCCAUUGUCGUUUAACAAGCAUAUGGGGGCUUCAAGGAGCAAGUUUGGUAGAAAAGAAGUUGGCAAACGCCUUGUUCAAGCAGCAAACAACAUCUGGUUUUCUGUUAGUGGGAAAAAAUCUCUGCAGUCCAUGUACCUCUCUAGGUCUGGAAAUCCAUCAUUGCCUGAAUCAGUUGUACCUGUUAAGAAACUUCCUUUUGAAAUAGAUGAUUAUGAUGACUGAGAGAUGAGAACUCUCAUUAUUUUGGUUUC